AUGAAAGCGAAUGAGAUGAAGAAGAGGAUAUCUUCGCCCAGCAGGGACUCCAAACGAACCUCCCAGAACGACUCAAGCUUCCCAACAGUUAUUUGCCCCGAUGGAGAUAUGAUCAUUGAGUAUGCCGAGUCUUCGUCGACUGGUAGUCGACAGUGGCAAGUGUCCAGUAAAGCCCUCAUGCGCAACAGUCCAUACUUCCGGGCACUUUUGGACCCUGACAAGUUCGCUGAAGGACGGCUUAUCGCGGAAUACAUGGAAAGACAAGCGCCAAGUUGCGUUGGUUUGGCCUCCGAUACCAACCUGGACGGCAAUGUUGAUGCCCUCCAAUUUAACCUGCCAAUGGUAAAGAUUUCUGAAACUCAUUUGACGAAAUUAUGUGGGGCAGAGGCUAUCGAACUAUUUCUGAGAAUCCUCUGCGCAGAUGGCCUCAGCAAGGACCAAAAGGUGAUAUUCGAAAGCGAGCUGAGGGUGACCUCUCCGUCGAUCGUUGAAAGGACGAUCGAGAUAGCCGAAUCUUUCAGUUCACCUGAUAUCGUCAGGGAUACUCUCAAGAGAGUCUGGUACGUGUUUGGCAAGACCAAGAUCUCUCUGGACAAGUUUAGCGCCGCUCUCUUGAAGUCAACCGAAGAUCGCGUCCGGCAGAUCAUUAUCAUUGCUGCAUUUAUAGGGGAAACCAAGAUUGCAAAGAUCAUGAUGCACACACUGCUGGUCAUGGGCUCCAAGUAUUGGGAUGAUGGUCCAGAGCCGUCUACCACCAAUUGUCUUCGAUGGCGAUAUCUCGGAAAGGGAAUAGAAGAGGAGCUGUAUUUUCGGCGACAAUGUGUCAUGAACACCGUCACCGACCUGCAAGCGCACUUCCUUCGCGUAUACGGAGGCCUUGAAGAAAUUCACGAGACCUUGCACACCAGGCCUGCAUCAUCGCGACCCACAUUGGGCAUGUCAUUCUCUACCUCAAACUACAGCCGUGAAUACCAGUGUCGAGCCGGGUUUGGGAAUGGGAGCCAGUGUGAUCUAUUUCAUCUGGGUCAGAUGACUCGGUUCUUCGCGCUCAGAUCGAAAAGCAUCUUCCUGGGAUCUACGUUGAUCGAUCCUGAUUUUAGCAUGGACGAUGAUGAAGACAAUGACGACGUCGAGAACGGUGGUGCCACACCAGCACCAACUUGUUCAGGUCCACCCUCGGAUAUCAUUUCCCUAUUCGCAUCCAUGAAGCAGUACCCAGACUACCAAAUCGACACAAAUCACCAGGGCUGCGGAGUGAGGCGUCGAUUUCUCCCAGUGCUAGGCUGCAUCGAAAAAUUCAUUAUGGACCCGCGAGGUCUUCUUGGUAUCGAUCUUCAGGAAUGGGAAGACAACUCAAAACGUCCACAGAUUCAAUGGAGCAGUAAAGCCAACCGCAAGAACCAUAUUGUGGAUAUUCGCCUCGAGAAAAUCGUCUGCAUACACAUCUCGGCUAACUUUUCUUUGGCUCGUGCUGCUUCCCAAGAAGAGGAUGCGAAGCUAUUGUUUACAGCCAAGAGACGCAAUUGGGAAUCCUAG